AUGUCGAAGCUAUCUGUUCCUUCAAAGCCUGUUGCUCUGUGUAAUCAUGUUUCUAGAGCUUCAGCUUUCUUACUGGAUUGGACGCCCUUCCUCUUAAUCAUCUCUUAUUUUAUCUUCUCAACAUGUCUUUACAUGUUUUGCACGCCAAAGUUGAUAGAGAUUUUCUGGCUUAUCUAUCUUUCUACAAAUUCCUACACAGCAGCCACGAAUGUUAUGGAAGCCAUCUGCAGUCUCAAGCCCAACAGAAUCGCAAGAAAAGCACUUUACAACGUGGAGCAAAAUGGCUGGAAAUUUCCUACUCCCGAUGAUCAACUCUUAAUAUUGGAUCUUGUUAUCGUCGCAUAUCUCCCCAACGAGCAAGAUAUUAUCAUGGAUAGAAUCUAUUACGCUUUAGACCAUAUUGCUUACCCCCAAGAUAAGAUCCGGAUCAACGUAUUAUACAAUACGCCCAAGCCCAUCGAGCCGCUCGAAUCCCAAAUGAAUGACCUCGCUGCAAAAAUUCCUCGCUUGAGAAUAAUCAAAGUACCGGACUCCACUUCCAAAGCACAUAAUCUCAAUUACUUCUUUACCUUAUAUACUGGAGCACAAAUCAUUGCCUUGUUCGAUUGCGAUCACUAUACUCAUCCGUAUGGACCACGAUGGGCAGUCGAGAGAUUUCUAGCCGACGAUGAAGUCGAUUGCGUGCAAGGACGAUGUGUGAUUCAGAAUUCCAAGGCGACAUUCUUGACUGGUAUGAUUGCAGUAGAAUUCGACAAGAUCUAUGCUACAUCCCAUCCCGGGCGCGCUGCCUUAUUUGGCUAUGGUCUAUUCACCGGCUCCAACGGCUACUGGCGCGCCCCUCUCCUCCGCGAUCUCAAAAUGGACGCUAGCAUGCUCACCGAAGACAUCGACUCCGCUCUCCGCGCCCUCUCCCAAGGCGCCACCUGCAUCCACGAGCCCAACGUCAUCUCCUACGAACUGGCCCCCACAACCUUCUCCUCCUUUCUCAAACAGCGUCUCCGCUGGGCCCAAGGCUGGACGCAAGCCAGCGCCCGCCACUGCGCCCUCGCAUACCGCAAACCUCCACACCACACGAAACGCAAUCUGCUCACGCGUUUUGGUCUGCUCUCUCUACUGCUCAUCCGGGAAUUGAGCUACUAUCUCGUGUCGCAAUAUACGUGUUUGAUGAUGAGUUUCCUAAUCACCGGGUUUCCGCGCACAGGAACACAAUUGAAAAAUCUGAUUUUCUUCGAGUUUCCCGCUUCGGAAUGGUUGUUUAUUAUUGGAACCCUCUGCCUAAUCGGCAGCCUCCUAAUAACCUAUUUCAUUCUCUCCGAAUUCGUCAGCAAACGGAUGAUGCUCAAAUUCACGCUUCUCUACCCGCUCUAUCUGAUACUCGGGAGUGGCAUUGGUCUGUAUGGACAUUUUCGACAGAUUGUGCGGUACUCGGCUUGGAAUGCUACAGUGCGGACGUGA